AUGGACUGGAAACUCAAGCACGAGCGAAGGGAUGAAGCCUUACUACCAAGCCACGAGUACAGCAACGACGACAGCGACUACGAGGAGCCAGCUGAUGGGGAAGUAGAAGGACGGAACAGCUUUAAGGGUACGCUGUUUGUUAUUCUAUGCACCACGGCUACGCUGACUGGGCGGAGGAUAUUGAGGGAUGGCUUUCCGUUCUUUUUCGUGCUGCUCUUGCAAGUAACGGCAUCUUGCUCGGUGGCUGUCGUUGUGUUAUUCGUUAAGCUCAAGAGCUUUCCGAAGCCAGGACUUAUAAAUGAAGGAAGUGAGGAGCGAAAGUAUACGGUGCUUCAGAAACUUGUGAUUGGGAUCAGGUUAUUUGUGUCGGCGUCUAUUUCGGCCGUCGCAGUGCUGUGUGGUGCGGGGGCGUUGAUGCUGUUUGAGAAUUUGGGGGUCUUCGCUAUGCUGCCGAUCUUGACAUAUGUUAGUGAUAGCUUAAUUUUGCGGUUCCUGCAUAUCAUCCGAGUGAGUAGGCGUGAGAAAACCGAUAUUUUUUGGGCGUCCUUUUGGAAAGUCAUCCUGGUACCUUUCUGCAUAGCUGUUGCGGUGCAUGAGGACUAUCGACUUGAUGAUGCAGCGCUACUUCUUGCACUCACCAGUCUUGGUCUUACUAGCAUUGCCAGAUCUAUCUCAAAGAUCGGCCCGCGAUAUGAGAAGGGUCAAGCUACUUGGGAUACACCUUUGCACGUUGUUCUCCUGACUGGGAUUCCCGCCUUAGCGAUCACCGGGUAUGCAACUGUGCAGUUUGAGGAUAUGGUUGCCGCUUCUCACAUCAUUGAGUCGUGGGCUUUCUGGAGGAGCUUGAUGAAUAUUGGACCUGGUGCUCUCUUAUAUGUCGUCUUUGCCGGAACGAUGAACUCGGCCUACCCAUUUCUAUCGCAAGACCAUGCAGGCGGUGCUUUAGAGGAUCCAAGUAUUCAGGGGAAAGAGGCCGUCAGAAAUACACUCCAUACUGGAUUCUGGAUUACAUUGGUUGGCGUUUGUGGAAACGAGCACAAUCUCAUCAACUGGUAUCAAGCUAUUGCUUUCACCAUCCUUUACGUUGUCAGCGUUGGGCCACGACAUAUUGGCUAUUAUCCCCCAAGGUUUCUGAAUCUCAUCUUACGAAUCUUUCGACGAAAGCCUCAACCAAUUCAUUCAGAGCCAUGGCAAUUCGCGGUAAUUCUUCCAAUUACCACUAUUGUCUUUGCGGUCCUAAUAAGCACCAAUUCCAUGUACUGGAUUGACACAGCAGCAUACAACCGCAACCUCAAAACCUGGCUCGGCCCAGACAAGCUCUCCGUCGACACAGUGUACAGCCCGCCUCAAACGCGCUCCUUGGACAUAAUCAUCGCCCAUUCUCCCGGCGAUCCCGUCGAAUCCAUCACCGAGCUCAUAGCAGCCUACACUUCCGUACGGGCCCUCUCAUCCUUCGGUCCCCGCAUCAUAGUCUACACCAAAGACGCAGACCUAUCCAAUGCGACCCCUGAAUCCAUCCGCGGCUCCUUCAGGGGCGACGUCUCCAUCCAAUCCCUCCACAAUUCCGGUGGCGUCUCCGCAACAUUCAUGCACCACAUCCUCUUUGCCUGGGAAUUCAUCUCCCAGCAGACACUCUUCCUAUCAACUUCCUCUGAAUACCCUCUCCUUCACACAACAAAACGUCUCAACGCCUAUUUCCAACCCGCCGGCUUCCCCUUACCGGACGCGCAACCCAAAACAGGAUUCCUGCAUCUAGGGGAGCAGGAAGAGUGCUGGUGCGGCGCGUGUAGCGAUUCCACGGGCUGGGACGAUACCUUCCAUCUCGUGCCCUCCAUGUGGGCUGCUGCUCGUCCCGGGGCGUCGACUUGCGAGAGUGUGCUGGUGACGCGCGGGAACGAGUUCGUCGCUUCUGCGGCGCGUGUGCGCGGGGUGAAGAGGGAUCUGUGGCAGAUGCUGUACGAUGCCUUGACGAAUGAGGAUAUGGGGCAUGCGUGGUCGCAUGCGAGUGAUAAGUUGCCGAGGAUGCUGGAGGGCGAGGGGAGGAUGGGGAGGUGGUCUGAGGAUGGCGUUUAUAGUGUUCCGGAUAGUGUUGAAGAGCCGGUGUUGGGACUUACUGUUGAGAGGCUGUGGGCCAUUUUGCUGCAGUGUAGUGGGCCGGAGAUUGCAUGGAGGUGUCCGAGUUUGGGGAGGGGUUUGAGGAGGGGUGGGGGGAGGGAUGAUUGUGCGUGUAUUGACUAG